AUGAGGCUGGCGCGGAGAGGGCUGAGGCUAACGCGCCUCUUCUCGCCUCUCCUACCUUCUCCGCGCGCGCCGCCGUCGCAGGUUUCGCCUUGGGGCGCCGCGGGCUCCUCAUCGCUUCUUUCUACGACUCGCCCCUGUCGAUCUUUUCCGCCGGCUGCGACGCCUCCCCGCCGCGCGCACUCUCACUCGUCAGCCUCGUUUCCGUCCUCUUCCUCAGCUCCUGCCAGCGCUGUGCGUACGUGCUCUUCUUCUGUCUCCUCUCUCGCCUCCUCCGUCUCCUCUGUGCUCCUCGUCUCCGCGCGCUGCGAGCGAAGAGCUUUCAGUGCCUCGGCCGCUGCUGCGAAGCGCUGCCUGGCGAUGCUCAAGGCGAAGCCUGGACUGUGGAAAAGUCUGCUUCAGGACGCUCUGCGCGCCAAGGUAGCAGACCCCGCAUUCCUGCGUCUUGCCUCGCGCCGAUUUCUCGACAUCUCGGAUGAAUUCUACCCCCCAGAGUGCCUGGAGGCCCUCGAACUCUUCGCUUCAGUGCCCUUCUCCGACGAGCCCCUACUCGCAGCUGUCACGGGGAGGCUCGACGACCUCCUCACGGAUCCCUCUCCGAAGCGCCUCGCAGCGCUGAUGGGCUUCUACACGCGCCUCGGGUUUUCUCAUCCGCUGGCGCAGAAUCCGCUGACGCAGCAGCUGGUGGCGAAGAUGCAUGCGGUCGACGUCACGCUGCUGCCGUCGCUGUGCCGUCACGCCAGCGCGCUCUUCCUUGAGCCUCACGUGCCCGUUCUCGACGGCCUCUCCACGCAGGCGCAGCUGCUUCUCGCCGCCGGGCUCGCGACUGGGAAGGAAGGAAACGAAGAGGGAAAAAGAGACCUCAGCGCGCUCUUCAGCUGCCUGGAGAGCCUCAGCCGGCAGCGCUACCGGCACGCCGCGUUGAUUGAAGACACCCUAGUUUGCGUGGAGCGCCACAGCAAGGUGCUGUCGCUGCAAGAUUCGCUUCGCGCCGUCGCUGCGGCUCGGCGGCUCCACUUGGCAGGCGUGGAGGAGCAGCUGCGAGCACAAGUCGACCAGCAGGCGGAGCGCGCGAUGGAGCGCGGCGAAGAGCUUCUCGGGCUUCUGAGGCUCCUCGACAGGCUGAGGCUGCGCGAUGCCGCCAUCCUUCAGAAGGCCCUCGACGCGGUAGAGCUCCACAGUCAGAAGAAGGGUUUCGCCACGACGCAGAUGCCUGAGGCUCUGCUGCAUCUCGCGCGCCUCGCGCCCUCGGAUCUGCCGCUGCUGGUGGCGCUUCUCUCGCAGCCUUCGCUGGUGGCGACGGCGUCGAGCUUCUCUGUCUCGCAAGUUCAGCAGCUCCUCACCGCGUCCUCCUUGAUCCUCUUCCAGCACAUCCAGCGGCGCGAGGGAGCGAUCGCCGAAGAGCCACUGCAGGCCCGCGCGGUUGAGGCUCUCGCGCGGACGGCGGAGACGCUUCUGGCGCUACUUCAGCCGCAGUACCAGAGUCUAAACCUGCGAGAGAAGCGCGCAGUCAAGGAGGCGGCCGCGCUCUUGCUCCUAGAGGCACAAUGCGCGCCGCGGGACGGAGUCGCCUCUUUGUCGGGCUUCUGCUUCGCGCAGAGAGGCACGAUUCCCUUCUUGAAGCAAGUCGAGGAAGACGACGUCGUUCCCCCUCUGUCUCUCGGGCCUUCAACAGUGGACUUCCGCAGAGUCGAGUUGGUUGACGCGUGCGCGCGCACUGUGCUCAUCGCCGACGGCGCUCGCGGAGAUGAGCCGUCGAACCCGCGCCAGAAGAGCGCCAGCGGCGGCGCCCAGAAGCACACGACCCAUGAGAAGGGCGCGCAGCUGCCGCGUGCGUUGCUGUUUGUUGCGCCGGGAGACUCAUUUGCAGAGGGGAGCUCGCCGGGUGCGAAGGAGGACAAGGUCUCUCUCGUGCUGGGCGGAGUCGUGACAGAUCUGCCUGCUGCCGUCACUCCGCAGGCCGCGUCGUCGCUCUUGAUCACGCAAGUCGCUCUCCAGAGGAACGGCAUUGACGCGCAGGACGUUCACAUUUGCGCAACGCGAGCACUGAGCCUCGACUAG